AUGUCGAGUAUACCGCCGACGCCCAAGACAGCCGCCACAGUGCCCGUCGCAGCAGCCGUAGCCAGUGGCCUGCGGUAUCCCACCAAUGGCAAGACCAUCUACUCGCGAACCCUGAACAGGACGAGAACGUCGGAGCUGAGCCAGUCGAGCUUCGCCUACCUAUUUUCUGAGAUGGUCAGCUAUGCGCAAAAAAGGGUGACUGGUAUUCAGGAUCUGGAGAAGAGGUUGAACCUUCAGGGCCACCCGAUAGGCCUCAAGCUCCUCGACCUCCUCCUCUACCGCGAGCCGCCCCGCAGCCAGCUGCGCCCCCGGGACAUCAUCACCCUGUUGCACCUGAUCAAGAUCCAGAUGUGGACACACCUCUUCGGGCGCCAGGCCGACCGCCUCGAGAAGUCGUCCAACCCAGAGACGCCAGACGAGUACAUGAUCAUCGACAACGAGCCCCUGGUCAACGCCUACAUCAGCGUCCCGCGCGAGAUGUCCCAGCUCAACUGCGCCGCGUACGUCGCGGGCAUCAUCGAGGGCAUAUGCGACGGUGCCGGUUUUCCUGCUAGAGUCACAGCCCAUAGCGUUGGUGGCCAGCAAGCCGCGGAGAUGUGGCCUGGCAAGACGGUGUUUCUGGUCAAGUUUGCCGGGGAGGUCUUGGAGAGGGAGGCGUAUCUAGGGUUGAACAAGUGAACAAGUGACGGGAGCAUUGUGGGGGCAGUCUUUUGCAUCUGCCUGGCUUGGUUGAUCUACACUAUUACUUGUUUCAUGCAUGGCACGGCGUUAAGGGGUAUAGUCUUCUUCCUGGACUUGGUGUUGGGACUGGAAAGCAGGAGAAGGCGCUUUUUGUCAGUGAGCUCGAUAGAGCCGGCCAUCCAUAGCGACGGCACGAUGUGAACCGUGGGCACAUACAAGGGGAAGUGCGCAUCAAAAGGGGAGAACGAAGGUCUCUCGUAUUAGAAUAUAAAGAGACGCCAUACGCCCUCUUAUUACUUCAGUCAGGGUAGGAAGAGAUAUCGAGACCGGCAUAUAGAUAUA